UGUACGUCGCGCCUUAUCAGUGGUGAUGGUUCCUUCAAAAAAAAAAAAGCUCAGCUGAAACCAGAAGUUUUGAAAAAAAGUUCUUUUAUUUUUUUUAACCCAUUCAGUAUAACCAUGCCCAACCACGACAUUGAACGUCUCAAGAACCUUCUCGGCACUCACCCUGAUUUUCCCAAGAAGGGCAUCGUCUUUAAGGAUUUGUUCCCCAUCUUCCAAGAUCCCACGGCCGUCGAGUCCUUGAUUAGCAAUAUUGUGCACCACAUUAGCUCGACCUACGAAGAGAAAAUUGACGCUGUUGUUGGUUUGGAUGCUCGUGGUUUCUUGUUGGGUCCUUUGGUUGCCCUUCGAUUGGGUGCUGCUUUUGUUCCUGUCCGCAAGGAGGGCAAGCUUCCUGGCGAAUGCGCGAGCGCGGUCUAUGAAAAGGAAUACGGCCAGGAUGUGUUUGAGAUGCAGAAGGAUGCUGUCAAGCCCAAUGCUCGGGUCAUUGUCAUUGAUGACUUGAUUGCCACCGGCGGCUCUGCUGGUGCUGCUGGCGAAUUGGUCCGGAAGUGUGGUGCCAAGACCGUUGAGUACGUCUUUGUCAUGGAAUUGGAGUUCUUGAACGGUACCCAAAAGUUGGAUGCUCCUACCUACUCGCUUAUUAAACUGUAAAUAAGAAAACAUUUCCCUCUUUUCUCUCGCUCUCUCUUCUUCUUAUUUCCCUUGCCUUCUCUCUCUCUCUCUCUCUCUCUUCAUUUGUAAAAUGUGAUUCAACCGAGAUAUCUGUUUUCCCCCCCUAUUAUUUUCAACAAUCA